AUGUCUCUCCCACAACCGUCCCUGUCGCCGGAGGAAGACGACGACGUGAUCGUUGUCCCGAUAAAUCGCUCCUUCAGCGAUGGAGACCCAAGCACCUGGCCAAGAGGCGAAAAGUAUGGGAGACCAGAUGACCAUUUCUACCGCACGAAACUCGCCGAAUUAUGGCUGCAGAAGACUGGGGCAUACGAACCAGAUUUGUCUGGGGCCACCCCAUCGGCCAACGGCAUCCCGGUCAAGCGCAUCGGACGGCCACCAGGCAGACCGUCCACGGGAAGACCAGUCGGACGGCCACCAGGGAGACCAUCCAUGGGAAGGCCAGUCGGCCGACCACCCACCCAGAACGUCGCCCGACCCGUUGGUCGACGACCAGGACGCCCACCGGGACGGCCGGCCGGCGCGACCUCAUCGGCGCGCGUCAUCACCGACAGCGAGGGCACGCCGGACGUCUUCAAAAUGGCGACCCUCAGGCUAAAAGCACGCGGGACGCUAGACGAGCCUAUCACAGAACCGGAAAGCAUGGACUGGCGUGCAGAGCGCUCGGGGCUCGAGGAGACGCUCGAGCGGACGGGCCUGCAGCCGGCGUUCAUCCCGCGGGCGGGCGAAAUCGUGCUCUACACGCUGUCGUUUGACGGCGAACUUCUCUGGAACGCGGAACGCAGCUGCGUGGAGGUCUUCAAUCCCGCGCAGAACCAAUGGCUCGGACGCCCGGAAUGGCGCGCCGGCGUGGUCGGGCAGAUCCCCGUCGAGGAGACGGUCCUGCAGGAUAUCGUCGACACGGCACCUAAAGCCGCACCCGUCAACUACUCCGGGUUCCGCGUCGAGACGCUGCCGGACCCCAACGCCUCGGACAAGAGCUACUCGCUGCAGUACCACUACCUGUACCUCAAAUGCAUCAAACCGUUCAACGCGUACGAAUACUUCCUGCAGGGCGUCGCGCGCGCCGACCUCCACCCGUCCAUCGAAUAUGCCCUCACCUUGUCGUCGUCGUUCAGUCUGCUCGGGAAGCACCGCUUCAAGGGCACAUGGCCCAACGCGUCCAUCCACUGCCGCGGCAUCUUCAUCGGCGCCGAGCUCCUCCUCGUCGGGGACGCCGUGCGGCUCAAGCCCACAUUCGACUAUCCCGAGGAGCGGUCGUACUGCGCCGUGAUGGACGUGAUGGUCAUCGACGAGGUCUGGCUGGAGCUGGUCCACUGUAAUGACGACCCUAAGGCCGCGCAGCUGGCAGAGCAGUACCGGGUGCGCAUCGCAGGGAAGAUCUACACGAACAACUACAAGCGCGCGCGGUCGGUCCUAGGCAUGGGGGCGGGCCUGCCCGAUCCACUCGGCGCAGACGAAGUCGUGGACGUAUUUCAGUCGAUUGGGAUGAGCGGGUACGGCGACUGGUACCGCAUGUGGUCGGGGCAGACGGUGGAGGUGUCGCAGGACAUGGUGGUGGGCCGAUGCUACGAGCCGGAGGCGAUGCAGCUGCUCUUCGGGUCGCGCCAUCUCGGGCUGGACCUGGCGGGCGUGCUGAAGGGGCGGGCAUACUCGCGGCAGGCGGACGCGCGGAUCGCCGAGGGCAAGGACUGGUUCUGGGGCGACUUCCGCACGCAGACGCUGGCGAUCGAUACGCUCAACGGCGAGGACGUCGGCCACUACAGCGAGACGCGCGACGUGAAGAUGUGGCGGGCCAACCUGCGCGUCAUCGACGGCACGGCCAACCCGGCCGAUGUGCGCGCCGCUAAGAUCCGCGGCGAGAUUGGGCGGCCGUCCAAGGCACGCUCGGGCUUCAGCGGCGUCGGCAAGAUCAGCAAGCUCGUCAGCACGGGGCUGGGCGCCGCCGACGCCAGCAACCCCGUGAGCUCGGAGGAGGGGGCGUCGGGCGGAAACGAUUCCUCGUCCGAGGUCGACGAGGAGGUGUACGUUGCGCGUAUCGACCAGCUCCGCGGAGGAACCGAAGAGACCGAGGAAGGCGACUACACUCCGGAGGCGCAGGACGGCAAACAAGGGCCUUAUUGA